CAUACUGUACAAAUGAAUAUCUUUUGGAAUUUUAUAAUAAUUUUCUAGUUAGUUAUAGUUUAUCGAAUUUGCUACUCACCUUUUAGAUAAUAAUGUUAUUUACAUCAUUGGAUAAUUCUUCAUAGUUACAGAUGUGUUUCCCAUUUGAUGGUAUUUCUAGUUUGAAAACAUAUAGAUUGCAUUUAGUGCUGACCGGUGUCUGGCUAUGAGGCUUCACCUUUUUCUUCUACUGUAGAAUAUGUUAGGUUAGUCCUUCCUUUUCUCUAUUUCAGAUAAACAUAAGCCAUAGUUACAGUCCUCCUGUGACUAAAACAGGACCUUCAGCUAGCACACUUGUGGUUUUCUGCUUUUGUUUGUACAGUGUAGAAACUGAGGUUGAAUAAAGGAGAUACUACCCAUAUGUCUGGGAUAUCUUUUUCUCCUCUUUGCUUUGUAGAUUGAUAACUUUAAAGCAGAUAUUUUAAUCUCCUAAUUACAGGUCAUAUUUAGCCUACCAACAGAUUAUGUUUUACUUGAAAAAAAUUUCUUUCUUUCUUUUUUUUAUGUCAGUUCUUAAAGUGUGCCAUAGUAUCUCACACUUGUAAUCCCAGCUUGUAGGAGGUUAAAGUAGGGAGAUCAUGAGUUUUAGGCCAGCUUGGGCCCAAAACAACAACAAAACCCCUCAUACAUGGCCAGUCGAGUCCCCUCCCAAAAGUGUAAUAACACAAUUAAGCAAUUACCAAAGACAUUUGAUUUGCUCUGGUCAUGACAUAUGGAAAACGAUCACAUUGGUCCUGAGGUCCUAUAAAGCAGCGUCCGUAGAGUUCAGCAGAAGCCACCUGCAGGAGCGUAAAAGGCACGUUGAUCUUUCCACCGUCCUGUCUGUGCUCAGAAACUGGUCUCUGUUGCCUCCCCGACCACAGCAGAGGCUUUUUGUUUUGUUUUUUAAUCUCAGUGGUCUGUUCUCCAUAAAUCCCACCACCCUCUCUUGAAAAAUCAUUACAUUCAGCCCUCCUAAUCUAUGGUUUCUGCAUCCAUGGAUUAAAGCGGACAUAGAAUUGUCUCAGAAUAAUGACCAGAAUGCUGGACAUGGUGGUGCUUUCUUGUGAUCCCAGGGGCAGAAGGACCACAAGUUCUAAUGCAGCCUCGGCUACACAGUGGCCUUACAACAACAACAACAACAACAACAACAACAACGAGAAUGGGUGUUAGAGAGAUGGUACUGUGGUUAAGAGCACUUGCUGCUCUUGAAGAGGACCUGGUUCCCAGCAUCCACAUGGUGGCUCUCAAUUGUAUGACUCUAGUUCCAGGGGAUCCAACACUUCUGUGAGCACCAGGCAUACCUUCAGACAAACACUCAUUCACAUACAAGUUUUUAAAUAAAUGUGGUAAUACAGAGCAUGUCCCGUGUGUCUCGGAAAGCCAGAAGAAACACCUUGGAAUGUUUGGGUGAUAAAGAUUUGUAAAAUCACAACUGCAGUGAAUAUGUCAGACUUUACCAUGAAGCAAUUCCUGAACAGUAAAUAUGGCUGCUGCCAAGGUCCGGAAUGGUAGAGUUUAAUGUGUAAGAGAGGAUAUAUGUAGGUUGCCUGCAAAUACUGUGGCGUUAUGUAUGGGUUUGAGUAUGUGGGAUUUGCCUUGCCUAGGGUCCUGUAACUAGUGUCUAGGGCACGCUAAGGAGUCACUGUCUGCUCUGUGGGUUCUCAACACAUCUGCAAAUAUGCUUUGGUUGUAAGUCUUGGAUCAUAUUGCAUAUGUACAUGUUUGAGUUUAUAGACAUGUCAAGGCACACAACGUGCUGGCCAGAGGACUACUUGCAGGAAUCUGGUCUUUCUUCCUAGCAUGUGAGCCCUGGGGAUUGAACUGAGAUUGUCAGCCUUGGCAGCAAGUGCCUUUACCUCCUGAGCCACCUUCCUGGCCUGCUGUUAUUUACUUUCAGCCUGUGAGCUAUUUAUGAUCAGGAGCGUGUCAUCUGGGGAUUGAACCCAGGGCCUUGUGUACACCAGGCAAAUCCUCUACCGCUAAGUUGAAGUCUCCAGCCCAUAUCACAUUUAUUUUUGUGUCCGUAACAUUUAGUGCAGUGCUGAUCUAUUAUGGAAAUUGAAUCAAUGUUUGUUGAAUAAAUGUGUGGAAGCCCCUGAAUUCUAGUCAAGCCAUUUGGGCUCUUGAUAGUUCAGAAGAGAUGCUUCUAUGAGUGUAUUGCGUGCGGUCUGUGUUCAUGUGGCACUUACUAGGAUGCAUUGCCUUGCUCUCUCCACCUCAGCAGGAGCUCCAGCCUUCUACUCCAUCACCUGCUUCCUGACUCCUCUGUGCAGUCUCCCCAGAGCCCACUGAGUUUGCUGUUCUUCCAGCUCCCUAACUUGUGGCUGCAUUACCCUGUACUUACAUGCCUUCUCCUGAAUGUAAAGUCUUUGAACACAAGUUGGACUACCAGUUGCUUCAUAGACUUGAUCCCUGUAACUGAAAAUACUCUCUCCUCCCUCCAAACUUGCAAAAUAACUGAAAGCUUGUUGGUCACGGAAAUGUCUUUGAUGUUGAUGGUCUGCUAUUGUGGCUGUGUUAUAGACUUCUCCAGAUUGGAAGCUCAAAGCUUACUUCAGUCACACAUUCUUGCCAGUGUCGUCUCUGCUGUGGAGUGCUGGGUGUGAUUGUUUUUUCUUGUUUUUUUUUUUUCCCCAGACUAAUCCAUGUAGUAGCCAGAGUCUGUGCUGACACAAAUUAGCUGUCUUGUCUAUUGAAUUUAUUGUACAUAAAAUUUGGUUUCAUAAAAAUCAAUAAUUGUUUUCGUAAUUGGUAUUUUUUAAGAUUUAUCUUUAAAAUGUAGGUAUCCUAGUGCAGGCCUGUGUGGUUUUAUCUGCACCAUGAGGGCCUGAAGAAGCCAGAGGCAGGCAUUGAGUCACCUGGAGCUAGAGUUGCAGGUGGUUGUAAGCUGCCUGACAUGGACCCUGGUAAGAGCAGUAAGUGCUUUCACCUGCCCAGCCAUCUCUCCAGCAGCUCACGUCUGCUGUUUGGAGAGGCAUGCUUAAGUCCCGUAGGAGCACGUUGACAGCCUUUUUAACGUUGUGGUCUUUGUUAAGGCUCCCAGUAAGAAAAAGAUGACCAAAGCCGAGCGACUGCGGCUGAUGCAGGAGGAGGAGGAGAGACGCCUGAAGGAGGAAGGUACUGAGUGCCGGGCUGGAUAUCAUAGCACAGAGCAUUAGCCAUGGGUUCACACCCACACAGCCACUCGGCAUUUCAACAGGCUUUAAUUUUAUCAAGGAUUCCUAGUGCUUAGAGCAGACCACCAGUGCACACAGCCACACCUGAGCGUGCACUGAAGUCAUGCUGCUGCCAGAUAGAGUUCAGUGCUCGGUACAAUUCUGCUGAUCUUUUGAUUUUUUGCCCCAUACAAUAUUUUGGGCCAUAUUUAAAUUAGCCAAAAAAACAAAAACAAAAACAAAAAACAUUGCUUCUGAGAAAUUCAAAUUCAGGUGAUCAGCCCAUGUUUUUGUCUGCUGAUUUUAUCUGGCCUACCUCAAAGUGUUUAUAAUCUACUGAUGAAAACAGGCACAUUGGUGCCGACUGUGUGGUAAGAGUCCUGAACCUAAAAUUUAUUACUGAUGAGAAGCACACACUAGCAAAAGCUACAUACAACAGCCUGACUUGUUUUUUAACCCUGGGUGUUUUUUUUUUCUUUUAAAGAUUUAUGCUGUUUAUUCUUGGUUAUGUGUGUGUUGUGUGUCUGAACAUGGGUAUGCACAAGUGAGUUCAGGUGCCCGUGGGGGCCAGAGGCGUUGGGCUCCUCUGGAUCUGGGUACCGGAAGUUGUGAACUACACGAUGUGGGUGCUAAGAACUAAGUCUGUGUGGAUCGUCUGCGAGAACACUGCAUGUUUUAACUUCCUGAACCUAGUUUCUCAGUGUUUAGCAAUAUCUCUUUGCUAGUUAAACUAGAAAUCCCAUUCACUAAUGUUAAACAGUAAUAAAAAGACUCGGCAAAUCAAAUCAUUAGAAAGACUGACUGGCCCUGGAGGUUGCAGUUAUUACAAUUCACUAUCUGUAGAUUUAUAUUCAGGGGUUUCAAGGACUCCGUUGACUUUUAAUGUAUAUUUGCCUUUUGUAAAUAAUAAAGCACAUUAUGUUGUUUGCUAAUUGACUUUUAUAGGUUUGUUUUUUUUAUUGAGGGACACUCAUGCUUUGCCUUGCAUGUAGAAGUCAGAAGACAUGUGUGAGUCCUCUUCUUUACAGGUGGAAUCUGGGAAGCAAACGUGGGUCAUUAGAUGGCUUGAGGGCACGUGCCUUUGUCAUCAUACCAGGAUCUAUAUCCUGGGCUUAUUUCGUGUUCUUAAACAUAGAAUUUAUAAACACGGAUAUAUUUAUUUUAUGUGUAUGAGUGUUUGUCUGCAUCUGUGUCUGUGCACCACAUACAUGCAGUGCCCAAGGAGGUCAGAAGAGCGCAGUGGAUCCUCUCGAACUGUUACAGAUGGUUGUGAGCUGCAGUGUCAGCCCUGGGGACUGAGCCCAAGUCCUCUCAGCCAUUGCCCUUAGCUGCUGAGCCACCUCGAUAGAGUUGAUACUUCAUAUUUUAUCUUAAAUAGUGAGAGCAGGGGAAGCUUACAGUAACGGCUUUCUGACAGCAUUGAUGCCAACUGUAGACUUUUGAAAACCUUAUUUCCCCUUAAUCAGCCAUGAUGGAACUGCUACACAGCUUAAAAUCAUUAUUGAAUUGCUAUUGUUUUAUUUUAUUCUCUCUCUGUCUGUCUGUCUCUGUGUGUGUGUCUCUGUGUGUGCACGCGCGUGCUCAUGCAUACGUAUGCUCGCCAGCAUGGUUUUGGAGGUUAAAGGACACCUUGCAGAACUUGCCGUUCUCUCCUUCCACAGUGUGGCUUUUGAGGAUUGAACUCAGGGUGACUUGACUGCAAACACCUUCACCCAGUGCACCUUCUUGCCAGCCCACUAUCAAUAAGAGGCGCGGCUGAAAUUUGAAAAAGAAGAACAGGAAAGGCUAGAAAUACAGCGGAUUGAGAGAGAGAAGUGGAGUCUGCUGGAAAAGAAAGACCUAGAACGAAGAAGCCAAGAGCUUGAAGAGCUUGCUCUGCUCGAGGGUUGUUUUCCUGAAGCAGAGAAACAGAAGCGGGAAAUUCGAGCUCUGGCUCAGUGGAAGCACUACACGGAGUGUGAUGGGAGCCCCGACCCUUGGGUUGCCCAGGAAAUGAACACGUUCAUUAGCCUGUGGGAAGAGGAGAAGAACCAGGCCUUUGAACAAGUGAUGGAGAAAAGCAAACUGGUGCUGUCGUUGAUUGAAAAGGUGAAGUUAAUUUUACUGGAAACUCCGACAUAUGAGCUGGACCACAGGACUGUCCUGCAGCAUCAAGGGUCAAUUCUGCGCCUACAAGAGCUGCUCAGCCUGAAGAUCAACGUGGCCACAGAACUACUUCUUCGACAAGCUAGUAACUUAGCAGAUCUGGACACUGGGAAUAUGGAGAAAAUCAUCAAAGAUGAGAAUGUCACCCUGUACGUGUGGGCAAACCUCAAAAAGAAUCCAAGGCACCGGAGUGUGAGGUUCUCAGAGACACAAAUUGGAUUUGAAAUCCCAAGGAUCCUGGCCACGAGCAAUGUUGCUCUUCGGCUUCUACACACACGCUAUGACCACAUCACACCCUUGUUCCCCAUUGCCGUCACUGAGCAAAAUCAGAACCCCGUGGGAGCAGAGCAAGUCAACGUCGAGGAAAGUACAGAAAAGGCCAUGACUGAAGAAAAGCUCUUUACUGAAGAAAAAGCUGCCAACGAAGAUGAGCAGCCCAAGGCUGAACAGGAAAGAGAGCUCAACUUGGUUCAAGAGGAGAACAAAUAUGAAGCUAUAGAGAACACUGUCUUACAAAGGACUUCCGACUCUGAAGGGGAGGAUUCCCAAACCACCCAACUUGAACUGGAGAUGAAGCUGCUGAGUGAAGCAGUCUUAGCAGCACAGCUGUGCCUGGUAGAGAAUGUGGUGGAAUUGCCAGAAGCCUCACAAGCCUACAAGGUGGACUUGUGCCAUUUCUCUACCCUGGGCGGCGUGUACCACCUGGAUGUUCUGGAGCUGCCCCCUCAGUGCAAGCCUGUGAAGGGCUGGGUGCUAGUGGAGAUACUCCAGGAAGGACUGCAGAGGUUUAUAUAUCCUCCAGACACCACAGAGGAACCUGAUCCAGACGUCACCUUCCCACCCAUAGAGGUCACACUGGAGAUCCACAAGAGCGUCAUCUUCUUUGAGCGCCCUAGGGUCGUCAGGUGGGACAAUGAAGGUAAAUUCUGGCGGUCAGAUGGCAUCAGCAGUGUCUAUUACAACCGAGAAGACAGGCUCCUAACCUUCAGUAUGGAUACUUUGGGCCCUGUGACCUUGAUUCAGGAUGCUCACGUGAACAUGCCUUACCAGUCCUGGGAGAUGAGUCCCUGUGGCAUGAACAAAGUCCUUCUAAUAGUGAAGACGGUUUUCAUGGAGCUCCAGAUAUACAUCAAGGAAAACCUCUGCAUGCUGGCUUCAGUGAAACUGAGGGGCAAGGGACUCGAGUUUCAUCUAAAAGGAAAAUGGAUGGCUCCUAUACCCUUCAUUCUGGCUUUGAAAGAGGCCGGGCUGAACAUCUUCCCUGCUGUAUACUCCCAUUUUUAUGUGGUCAUCAACAAUAAGGUACCCCAGGUGGAGUUGAAGGCCUAUCGGCAAAUGGCCCUGCUGAGCUCUGCCUUCUCGUUUGGCUGGAGCAAGUGGAACAUGGUCUGCAAUUCCACAAGGGUUGUGAUUCGGGUGAGGGAACAACUGUCAGAAGAAACAGAGCACCAUACCUGGUCGCUCCUCAUGUUCAGUGGUGACAGAGCGCAGAUGCUCAAGAUGCAGGAAGAGAACGACAAGUUCUCGGAGGCCCUCAGGGAGGGCACCGAGUUCCACUCCACCUUGUACCACAUGAUGAAGGACUUCGCCUCCCCCGUGGCAAUGGAGAGGGUCAGGCAUUCGAACUGCCAGUUCAUCGACUCAGUGUGCUACAUGCUGCUGUCUAUCCGCGUCCUCAGCUAUUCCUAGCUAUUCCUAGCCCUUACAGCGUGUGUAAGCAUGGUGGACCCUUAUACCGAGAGGAAUCAGGUAUCUUUCCAGUCAGCCGCUAAAGUGAUUUAAGAGCACCAGGCGUUCCAGCCACACUGCACAAAGAUUUGAAUGGUCUUUAUUUGGAUACAUCUCAAUAAAGUCUGAUGCCUCUCA